AAGGGUUAGUGUGAAAUCCCAGUUUUGCUGGUUAAAAAAAAAGUGUGAAAUCCCAUUUUUUUGGGCCAGGCGUUAGUGUGAAAUCAGACUAGCGUCAUCACGCACCAAUGCAUGUCUUGCAAAUAUCCACACACGUGUCAGAUGACCAUUGGGCCUCUCCCAGACGGAACCAUCCCGAUGCCUCCUGAAACCGACCGUACCGUAGCAUUCCUUUUUUCCUUUUUUGGAAAUAACCAAUGGCCAAGCAAAGCAAAGCAAAGAAUGCUAAUGGGGGUGAUGGUUAUAUACAACCUACCAUUAUCAUUAUUACGAUCCGACCCACUGUGUCCCUCACUCAUGUCGGAAGGAGAGAAGAGGAAGCUUCACGCCGACGACGUUCAAGACGUCGUUCCCGGCACCACCCAGAAGAAGAAGGCGCGGGACGGCCUCGUGACAGAUGAUGAGGUAGAGGAGUUUUGCACGAUCCUCCGCCGGCUGAACGCGGCGGCUCAGUACUUUAAGAGCAGCGGUGAUCGCAAGGACGGCACGGCGGCAUCGCAUCGCGGUUGGAGAGCGUCGCUGGAGGAAGAGAUCGCCAGGCAAGUAGAUAGCGUUAAAGAGAAGGAGGCCAUAGCCAUAGAUCUCAAUUUGAGCCCCGGCCAAGAAUGAAUGUUUUUGUUUUCAGAUCUGCUUACAGGUAAACAUGGAAAGAAAUCAAGGGUUAUUGUUUCUAGGUCUUCAGUUUUCGACUCCCGCCGCGGAAUUCCUUGCUUUCAAUUGCAAUCAUGAUACAAGGAAAUUACUCUUAAAAUUCACGGUGCUAUAUGUCAUCAAGUACCACUCGACCAUUCUUAUAUCUUAAUCUACCAUUUAUUGC